AUGGACCACGAUGACCGAAAGGCAUCCUCGGCCGCCGUGGACGAGAGUCACGGAGGGACCAGCGAUAGUGAGACACGGGACCGGCUAGAGGUCGUGUUCUAUCCCGAUUCCAGCCACCGCCGCAAGUCCUCGCUUGUAACAAUGGAGAAACCCCGAGUCAGUGCAAGUAUUGAGACUCAUGACAAGAGUACGGCCUGCUAUGUUCACUCUUUGAUUGCCGGGGAGUGGACCACACCUUUGAGCAAGCCCAGCGAAGCGCAAGACGUGAUCCGUACCCUCAGCGAGGAAGAUGAGCCUAUGGUUGACACGAAGGGUCUCGGCGAGGACCAGGUGGUGUCGGUGGUCGACGGUGAUAACAAGAUCCUGAAGCCUGUUCCGACAAUCGUCCAAUCGCGACACUUGACGAAGCGACAGCUGUCGGACUUGGCUUGGAACGUGCGCAAGUUGUCCAAGAAACUGGGCAGUGUCAAGCUCAAGCUCACCGUCAAGACCGUGUUUAUCGUUAGCAAGGCAUACGACGAAUGCCUUGUCAGCUUGACUAGGAAGGUCACAAGAUGGCUGAUUUCCAAGGAUCGCGACACGCUGUACACCGUCUACGUGGAGCGGCGCAUGGAGACACAUCCGGACUUUGGAACAUUACAGCUGCUACAAGAGGAGCCAACUGCUCAGGGCCGGCUAAAGUUCUGGGACCCCAAGCUUGCCCAGGAGCAGCCACACCUGUUUGAUUUCGUUGUCACUCUUGGCGGCGACGGAACGGUUCUCUAUACUAGCUGGCUGUUCCAGCGCAUCGUGCCGCCCGUUUUAUCCUUCGCACUAGGCUCAUUGGGAUUUCUGACCAACUUCGACUUCUCCGACCACCAGAAGAUCCUUGAAAAUGCAUUCAGAGACGGGGUCACCGUCAGCCUGCGCCUACGAUUCGAAUGCACCAUCAUGAGAAGCAAAGCGCGAUUGAAAGAUCCGUAUGCCCGAUCCCUCUCCAGCCGAGACCUGGUAGAGGAACUCAUCGGUGAAGAAGGCGAGGACACAUUAACGCAUACCCCGGAUCGAGUCUACGAGAUCCUGAACGAUGUUGUUCUGGACCGCGGGCCAAACCCAACCAUGUCUCAAAUCGAGCUGUUUGGCGACGAUGAGCAUUUCACCACCCUGCUUGCAGACGGCAUCUGCGUUGCGACCCCGACGGGCUCGACGGCGUACAACCUUGCAGCUGGCGGAUCCCUGUCGCACCCUGAAAACCCUGUUAUUCUGGUAACCGCUAUUUGCGCGCACACCCUGUCCUUCCGCCCGAUUAUUCUUCCAGACACCAUUGUGCUACGUAUGGGUGUACCUUACGAUGCGCGGACAAGUUCAUGGGCUAGUUUUGACGGCCGCGAGAGAGUUGAAUUGCACCCCGGUGACUACGUGACCGUGUCGGCGUCGCGAUACCCCUUCGCCAAUGUGCUGCCUGAGGGACGGCGCAGCGAGGAUUGGGUACACAGCAUCUCCAAGACCUUGAACUGGAACUCGCGCACAAAACAAAAGGCGUUUAAGUAA